AUGGGAGCUGGAGGCCGAGUCGCUCGCUACCGAUUAUAUCGGUGGCGUAACGAACUUCGUGCUCUAGGCGUGGCGCGUGUCCUCAAAAGUGAACUGCGGGCGCAGAAGGCCCAUUCUUGGCGGUCCGUGUUCGAGUUGUGGUCGAGGCGGCUGGCCAACCCGAUGUGGGAUUUAUGGACCGUAGCGGCGGUUUAUCCGGUCUUUGAUGACUGGGUAAAUCGUGGUGGAAGGCGCCUAGCCUUUCGUCUGGUGCAGGUGCUGACCGAGCAUGGGUGCUUCGAGAAGUACCUACACCGGAAAGGAGCUGAGCUGACGACGAGGUGCCACCGUUGUGGACACGACCUGGACGGGCGGAGCAUACGCUUUCUGUCUGUCCCGCUUGGGAGAUGCAGCGCCGUGUCCUGGUCGCAAGGAUAG